AGGAAUUUGCGGGCCCUAGACUAAUACGAUUCUGGUAAAUGGCAGUUUCUAAAAGUCAAAAGCGUCAGAGAAUUCCACUUCAGUCACCUUUUGCUCAUAUAUUUGAGGAGCAACAAAGGGACUCGGAAUUUUAUGAGGAGCGAGUGCGAAGAGCUCUGGAAACGCUGCCGCCUGUAAAAUUUGCUUUCGCUUAUGGAUCAGGAGCAAUUCCUCAGAUUGGAAGCUAUAAGGAAGCUACUAUGCUUGAUCUUAUUUUAGUUCUCGAAGACUCGUUUGAGUGGCAUCGAGAAAAUAUGAAGAAGAAUCCAUCACACUACGCUUUUAUUCCAAAGUUGGUUGGUCCGAAAUUGACCAGUUCAGUCCAAACUUGCAAAGUAGGUGUACCUGUUUUGUACAACACGCUAGUUCCUUUCCAGGGUGGUCUUAUGAAGUACGGUUGUGUUGGUUUCUCAGAUCUCUUGGAAGAUCUGCAAUCUUGGAAAUAUCUCUUUCUAGCAGGGCGGCUUCAUAAACCUGUGAGAAUGUUUGUUCCUUCAAAGUCCUUGAACUGUGAUCCAAGAACAGGAGAGACAUUUGAUGUAGAUCUUGCAGAGAUGAAUCAAGCUCUUAUGGAUAACUUGGAAGCUGCGUUGAGUGCAGCAAUAAUUCUAUUGCCUGUAGAGUUUACCGAAGCUUCUUUAUUUCAAAAGAUAUCACAGUUAUCUUAUUAUGGCGAUAUCCGUUUCACAUUCUCAGCUGAAAACCCACACAAAAUUUCCAACAUUGUCUCAGCAAAUUUGCUAUCUUUUCGGAACCUUUAUAAUGAAGCUUUAAGCUCUUUGCUUGGAGAUCAUCUUUUACGGGUUCAUUGCUCUUCUGGAAAUGGUCGCCAUGUUUAUGUAAAACAGGAUAACCACAGUUCUUCUUUAUUAGGCCUGUUGCAACGGAUACCAUCUCAUUUUGUCAAGCGUUGUUAUUGUAGUAUGUCGACUAGUUCUCAAGACAUAUGCCCAGAUAAACUUUAUGUAGAAGAAGCAAGAAAAACAAUAUCACAGUUUGGAACGAGAACUUGUCAAGAUAUUUUGAAAAAGACUUUCAAAAAUACGGUUAGGAAUUCUAGCAUUGGUCAGGCAUUCAAGGGCCUUUUUAGUGCAGGACCGUUGAGAUCUUGUGUUUAUCUCCUGAAGAAAUGGCAGAAAGGUAUUCGUUUCUAAUGAAGUGAAUUGAUAACUUUUGGAUUUGCUUUUGGUGGUGGGAUGAACAACGACUUUGGAAGAAAACGAACUUCACCAAGUGAAAGAAAUGUUUCUUGUUUAUUUGUAGUUUACAUUUCCGUGAUUUGUGUGGUAGUAUGUAUAUUCCUAGUGGUUAGAACGAUGAGAAAGGGCAAUUCUCCGGUGAAUUGGCUUCAAGUAGAGAAAAAACUGCGGUUCAUUGACUCUCGUUUCAACGCUUCAGUAUAUGUUAUAGACUUGUCAGGAGACUUGAACAAUUCACCUUUUUUCAAACUCUCUCGCUCAGCCUGGUCACUUUUCUCUAAAAAUAGAAUAGACUAUGUUGCUUUCUUCUACAAGGAACCCCCCUUCCUAGUAAGCAACAGGUACUUUUAUCGCGCUCUGGAAUCCCUUGAAGAAAGUCCAAUUCCUGGCUUUGGAAUCGCACUGACAACUUGUGGCUGCUUAGUACCCAGUUAUAUUUUGGAAAACUUAGAAAUAAGAUUGGAAGGUCUUGAAUGUUUAGCGUUACCAGGAUUCGUCAUUGAUAAGGAGUUUGUUGUUUGGUUUGAUAGUGAUGCGGAAGAAAUAGGUUCUCGCAAUCUUAGUAGAUACUGCCGAAAUCCUAAACUUUUGAAUAUGCGAAUAUUUCCCUUGUUUGACAACGCG